AUGGGCAAAGGACAAUCAAAAGCAAAUGCACCAACAGUUCCAACAAGUACAGAAGGUCGUCGACGUCUCAAUACCCAACAGAUGCAAAAUGUUCUCCUAAUCUGGUUAGACAACAAUAUUGACGGAAACAAUGAUGAUUGCCAAAAUACAAUCACAAAACUGCGAUGUAUUGUGAAUGAUAUUAGUACAUUUAUAGAUGACGAUCAAUGUUUCGAAUUUAUUCAAACAGUUGUCGACAAAAAAGUCUGUAUGAUCAUAUCUGGAUCACUUGGACAACAUCUUGUUCCUCGUGUGCACAAUAUGACUCAAGUUGAUUCUAUUUUUAUUUUUUGUGGCAAUAAGAAAUAUCAUGAACAAUGGACUAAGGAUUGGCCCAAAAUAAAGGGUGUCUUCACAGAUAUUACACCCAUCUGUGAAGCACUCAAAGACGCUGCUCAUCAAUGUGAGCAGAACGCUAUUCCUAUGAGUUUCGUGGGAACAAAUAAAAAGUUGGAUCAAUUAGAUCCUUCUUUUAUGUACACUCAAAUCCUCAAAGAAAUUAUAUUAACCAUCACAUUCAACCAGAAGCACAUCCAAGAUUAUUUUGAUUACUGUCGUGGUGCUUUUGUCGACAAUGAAGAAGAAAUAGUUAAUAUUAAACGCUUAGAAGGUGAAUACCACAAGAAAACACCAAUUUAUUGGUAUAGUUGUCAAAUGUUUUUGUAUCCCAUGCUCAAUCGUGCGUUACGAUUGAUGGAUGGUGAUAUCAUUACACAUAUGGGCUUCUUCAUUGGUGAUUUACAUCGACAGAUUGAACAACUGUACCAGAAACAAUAUACUGGUACAACUGUUGCUAAAACCUUCACUGUUUAUCGUGGUCAAGGUUUAUCUGCAAGAGAUUUUGAACAAAUGAGCAAAACUAAAGGUGGUCUUAUUUCAUUCAAUAAUUUCUUAUCUACCAGCACGGUUCGCAAUAUUUCACUAUGCUUUGCUCAAAAUGCUGCAAGAAAUCCAGACCAAGUGGGUGUACUUUUUAUUAUGAAAGUUAAUCCUGCUCAAUCAACAAUACCAUUUGCUUCCAUUGCUGGUAUUAGCAAGUUCCAAGGAGAAGAAGAAGUCUUAUUCUCGAUGCAUAGCGUUUUUCGUAUCCAGGAUAUAAAACAGAUGGGUGGAAAUAAUCGUUUAUAUGAAGUUAAUUUGACACUGACUGCUGAUAAUGAUCCAGAACUAAGCAGACUUACUGAUUAUAUUCGAAAAGAGAGUUAUCCAGAUUCUGAAGGAUGGUACAGACUGGGUUUGGUACUACAUAAAAUGGGUCAAUUUAACAAAGCUGAAGAUAUUUAUCAAGUUUUACUGGAUCAAACAAAGGAUGAUAAAGACAAGGCACCUAAGUAUCAUCAACUCGGUUCGAUUACAAUGGAUCAAGGAAAAUAUGAAGAAGCACUUACAUACUAUGAACAAUCACUUUCUAUCAAUCAAAAAACUCUUCCUCCCAAUCAUCCUGAUUUAGCUUCUUCCUACGUGGGUAUCGCCUUGGUGUAUUGCAGCAUAGGUGAUUAUCCGAAAGCACUUUCAUCUCAUGAAAAAGCCCUUAAAAUCAAACAAGAAUCACUUCCUCCCAAUCAUCCUGAUUUGGCUGCUUCCUACAACAACAUUGGUGGAGUGCAUUACAAUAUGGGUAAUUAUCCAGAAGCACUUUCAUCUCAUGAAAAAGCCCUUGAAAUUCAACAACAAUCACUUCCUCCCAAUCAUCCUGAUUUUGCUUCUUCCUACAACAACAUUGGUUUAGUCCAUGACAACAUGGAUAAUUAUCCAAAAGCACUUUCAUUUCAUGAAAAAGCCCUUGAAAUUCGGCAACAAUCACUUCCUCCCAAUCAUCCUGAUUUCGCUACUUCCUACAACAACAUUGGUGAAGUGCAUAACCACGCGAGUAAUUAUCCAAAAGCGCUUUCUUAUUUUGAAAAAGCCCUUGAAAUUCUACAACAAUCAUUUCCUCACAAUCAUCCUGAUUUGGCUUAUCCUUACAACAACAUUGGUUUAGUGCAUGAUAACAUGGGUAAUUAUCUGAAAGCACUUUCUUAUUUUGAAAAAGCCCUUGAAAUCAAACAAGAAUCACUUCCUCCCAAUCAUCCUAAUUUGGCUAUAUCCUAUGGAGACAUGGGUUAUGUGUAUAACAAGAUGGGUCAAUACUCAAAAGCGCUUUCAUUCUAUCAACGUGCUGUAGAUAUUGCACAAACAUCACUACCAUCAAACCACUCGCAGCUUCAAUGGUAUAGAAACAAUUUGGAAGACGUGAAAAAGAAAUUAUAA